AUGCACCUUAAUCGUCCUUGCAAAUUUGCGGCUCUUUUCGCCUCUUGCACACAACUUUCCUACUUGAAACCUUUGAAGGCUCAACUUAUCGUCCAUGGGUUCUUUAAACAAGAUACAGUUGUGGGGGAUUUUAUCAGACGAUGCAUUGAUCUGGGUGAUCCCCAAUCAGCUCUAUCAACCCUCUCGAGAAUUAAUCCCACCUUGUUCUUGCAGAAUUUGACUAUCAGGUGCUUACAUGAUCAUGAAUUGUACCAAGAUGUUGUUGUUGCCUACAAAUUUUUUCAGUCUUCUAGCUGUCCAUCUGAUAAUUUUACCUUUCCGUUCGUGAUCAAGGCUUUUUCAGCUUUAAAAGCUAUUCAGAAUUGUAAGGAGAUCCAUUGCGUUAUUUUGAGAACUGGGUUUGAUCAAAAUGUAGUUGUACAGACGGCUUUAGUUGAUUUUUAUGCAAAAAUUGGUGAAAUCAGUCUUGCACGUAAGUUGCAUGAUGAAAUUACUCAACCAGAUUUGGUUUCUUGGAACGCGUUGCUUUCUGGGUAUUCUUUGCAUGGACUUAAUCAGGAGGUUUUUGAGGUGUUUGGCAGGAUUAGACUUACAAAUUUGAACCCCAAUGUGAGCACUUUCGCUAGCUUAAUUCCAGUGUGCUCUCGUUUGGAGGAUUCAAGGAUAGGAAAGUCCUUCCAUGGGCAUGUUUUCAAAUGUGGGUACUUUAAUGAUUUCUUGAUUCCUGCUUUCAUUUCAAUGUAUGGCAGCAAGAAUGAAUUAUCUGUUGCCAGAGAUCUAUUUGAUUCUGUACCGAAAAAGAAUGUUACGAUGUGGAAUGCCAUGAUCUCUGCCUAUACACAGAGCCUGAAACCUUAUGAUGCUAUUGAGCUAUUCAGAAAGAUGACUCUUGAUCACGUCAAGCCUAAUAUGAUCACUUUCAUGUCUAUAGUUCCCUCUUGUGAGAUAGUUGUGAGCAUUGAUUAUGGCGAGUCACUUCAUUCUUAUGUUAUCAAAUUAGGGUUUCAGAACCAACCUGCUGUUGCCACAAUCAUUUUGUCAAUGUAUGCCAAGUUCCGUCAUCUGAAUUCAGCCAAAUUUCUCUUCAAUCACAUGACCCAAAGAAACCUCUUGGCAUGGAAUUCUAUGGUUUCUGGGUAUGUUUAUAACGAGUGUUGGACAAUGAGUUUGGUGGCAUUUCGUAGUAUGCAGGCUGAUGGGUUUAACCCAGAUGCGGUCUCUAUAAUCAGCAUUCUUUCUGCUUGUUCUGGACUGAAAGCAACUCUUUUAGGUCAAUCUGCUCAUUCAUUCAGUCUUAGAAGGGGUAUGGAUUCGAAUCUCCACUUAUCUAAUGCACUAGUUGCAUUUUAUAUCAACUGUCACAAAAUGAGCUACUCUUUUCAACUGUUCGAAAGAAUGGUCAUAAAAGAUGAUGUUUCAUGGAACACGCUAAUAUCUGGAUGCGUACACAAUGGAGAAGAUGAAAAUGCAGUUCUCCUCCUUCAGAUUAUGCAGAAAAAAGGUGUGAAAUUAGAUUCAGUCACCUUGAUAAGUGUACUCCCUUGUUUCAAGAAUCUUGAAAAUUUGGUCCAAGGUAUGGCUGUUCAUGGCUGUGCUAUAAAACUCGGAAUCGCCUUUGAUGUUUCUUUAGACAAUACACUUAUCAGCAUGUACAUGAACUGUGGAGAACUCGAUAAGGGGAAGAUGAUCUUUGAUGAAAUUCCCGAUAAGGAUGUAGUUUCUUGGAAUGUUCUGAUAACUGGUUAUCAUCUCCACGGGCUUGAAAAAGAGGGAAUUGAUUUGUUUGCUCAAAUGGUGAAGGAUGAUCAUAGCCCAAAUUACGUGACCUUGUUAAAUGUAUUGUCGAUGUGUUAUUCGAGUAUGCAAGUGAAGUCAAUCCACGCUUAUGCAGCUAGGAGAUGGAAUAUUAUGGCCGAAACCUCGUUCAUCACGUCUCUAAUAUCCACAUAUGGUCGAUUUAAUGAAGUAAGUUCGUCUUAUUUUCUGUUUCAAAUGGCAGAAAAAGGGGAUAUCUCAGUUUGGAAUGCUAUUGUAGCUGUUCUUGUAGAACUAGAUCAUGCCAGGAUGGCGGUCUCUUUGUUCUCCUGUUUACUUCGAACGGAGGUGCAAUCUGACUAUAUAACAAUUCUCAGCUUAACAUCAGCUUGUGGUCAGUUAAACCAUAUAGAUUUUACAAAUUCUAUAAUGGGUUAUGUCUUACGAAAGGGAAUCGACAAGUAUGUUGCUGUUAGCAAUGCGUUUAUAGAUUUGCAUGCUAGAUCUGGGAACAUAUCAUAUGCAAAGAAGGUGUUUGAUGAAAUGCCUCUUAGAGAUGUCAUCUCCUGGAGUACAAUGAUCAGUGGAUACGGGUCACACGGCAAUGGUGAAGCUGCACUCGCUCUGUUCACACAAAUGAAAGAUUCGGGUUUCCAACCCGAUGAAGCAACCUACACUAGUAUCUUGUCGGCUUGCAGCCAUACCGGAUUAGUUGAUCAAGGGCGGAUGGUAUUUGAAUGGAUGCUAAAAGAUACAAAAAUCUUGCCACGGAUGGAACACUAUGCUUGUAUGGUGGAUUUACUCGGUAGAACGGGCCACUUGAAAGAGGCGUAUGAUGUUGUUAGGAGGCUGCCAUUCGAGCCUUCCAUAAGCAUACUUGAGUCGGUGUUGGGUUCGUGUUUGAAUCACGGAGACAUUGAAGUUGGGGAGCGAAUCGGGAGGCUGAUUACGGCACGGGAUGUGACGAAUUCGGGAACAUAUGUGAUGCUUUAUAAUGUAUAUGCAGCAGCUGGGAUGUGGAGUGAGGCUAACAAGGUUAGGCGGUGUAUGGAAGCAAAGAAUUUGAAGAAAUUGCGAGGUUUUAGUUUUAUUGAAGGACAAAGAUCCUGCUGA